AUGCUCCCAAUCGAAGAGGUUUCUUCCAUUGAGCGGAUCGAAGCUCAGACGAGUGAUAUUGUCACUGUCGCCACAGCGAUGAUCGUAGCCGUUUUGGGGAUCAUAAAAGGACGAGAAGAAGGCCGUUUUUCGGGGAUGAAGUGUGAAAAUUGGAUGAGAAGAAAACGAGGACUACACUCAACGAAACUGGUGCUUGCAUUUUCU